AUGGGAGAUUCUUCAUACGACGAGGAUGAGGGUCGUUUGAUGAUUGACGAUGCCGUCCUGGACAGCGGCCAUUCCUCUGUAGCAGCAAGCAACGCCGAAGUAGUAGCCAGCGCAACGAGCUGCGAGAGGACUGUCGAACUGACCACUGCUUCCGAAGAAGGAUCAAGCGUUCCAGGUGUGGAAAGUCAUCCGGUUGAUCCGGAACCGAAACCGAAUUUUUAUUGCGAAAGUGCAGUUCCAAAAGUAGUUCAAGGCCUGGAAAAACCUUCAGGCGCAUCGCGAAGUGACGAAAUAUCAAAGGAAGAGGGAGAGAUUGACGAUGAGGAGGAAGCGGCAAAUGCCCAGGCCAGCAGUGCCCAUCAGCCAAAAAACUGGUAA